UCCACCAUCAGAUGGAGGACUUCCACCAUCAGAUGGAGGACCUCUACCAUCAGAUGGAGGACCUCUACCAUCAGAUGGAGGACCUCUACCAUCAGAUGGAGGACCUCUACCAUCUGGAGGAGGACCUCCACCAUCCGAUGGAGGACUUCCACCAGCCAAUGGAAAAUGGAAGACCUCCACCAUCAGAUGAAGGACUUCCACCAUCAGAUGGAGAUUCUCUACCAUCAGAUGAAGGACUUCCACCAUCAGAUGGAGAAUCUCUACCAUCAGAUGGAGGACCUCCACCAUCAGAUGGAGGACCUCUACCGUCUGGAGCAGGACCUUGCUACAUCUGAAGCCAUGCCUUUUUGUUGAUGGGAUGGCGAUAACGAAGAAACCAACCAAACGUGUACUGUCCAUCCCUAGUGGGUGGUGUGGCAGAAGCUUAAAAAAAAAAAGAAUCCCGGGUCACAUUUUUGGCUCCCGUUUCUG